CAUUUUUAGCGCAAAAAAUCAUUCUUAUAGACCUGACAUGAUAGUUAUGAGCUCGAAAAAUCGUUACUUUUCAGAAUUAUGAUUUUCUUGUUAUGUUUACUUACUGUUGUUUUUGUCUUAUUGAUGCUGAAGUUAGAUUGUGACAUUACAACUUGGUUUUAUGAAAAAACUGGAACAAACCUGCAUUUAUUUUAUUCAAACAAGGUUGUUUGGGUGACAGGUUCCAGUACGGGAAUAGGGGCUGCACUGGCUGUUCAAGCUGCCAAGUACGGUGCAAAAUUGGUUCUGACCGCCAGACAGGAACCGUUGUUAAAUGAAGUUAGGACGAAAUGUAUUGCGGCCGGUGCAGCUGAAGAAAAUAUCCUAGUUCUGCCUCUUGAUCUCUGCGAGUUUUCCAAACAUAAAGAAGCAUUUGAUACAGUUCUAAAUAAGUUUGGACGGCUUGAUGUAAUGAUUCACAAUGCAGGGAGGUCUCAGAGAGCUCGAUGGGAGCAUAUCGACUUGGAAGUUGACAGAAGCAUGUUCGAUCUAAAUGUUUUCUCAGUAAUAAACCUAACCAGGGUCAUUCUUCCUCAUAUGCUUACUGCAAAACAAGGUAUGAUAGGAAUAAUGUCCAGUCCUGCUGGAAAAUCAGGAGUUCCAUUUUCCGGAACCUAUACAGGCUCUAAGCACGCCCUUCAUGGAUACUUUGAAAGCCUAAGAAAUGAAAAAGUUGGAAGUGGAAUAGACAUUACCAUGCUAUGUCCUGGCCCCACAUUUUCUAAUUUACUCCAGGUUGCCGCAACAGAAAAGUUUGGAGAACGUUUUGGUGAAAGCAUGAAACCAGGAGACAAAAGGAUGACAGCAGAAAGAUGUGCUGAGUUAUCUUUAAUAGCGGUUGCGAACAAGCUGCCUGAGUCUUGGCUUUGCUUUGCACCAGUACUUCCAAUGAUGUACUUGAAUCAGUAUCUUCCUGCUGUUUCUAAAUCUCUCAUGAAACUUUUAGGAGCUAAGUUUCUGGCAAAUGUAAGGGAUUCUAGGAAUGCCAUGGAGUCGGACAAAUACAAAUAAUCCUAGAAAGGACAUUGUACAUUGUUGUGUUAGACUUGACACUUGAUUUUGGGUUUUGAAAAUACUCAAUAUUUGAUUCCUUUAAUUCUGUGGGAAAAUAAUAGAAAAAGAUGUACAGGGAACAAGAAUACUAGAACAUAUUUAAAACAUAUAUAAAAUGGAAUACAUAAACUUGUUCUUGAUUAAUUUCAAUAUUGUCAAAUAUAAAGAGUUUUACAUGUCUGAUUCUCUACCGGUGCCAUUUCUCACCAAAAUGGAGAUAUAUUGGAGAUACCCUUUAUCACCUUGAAAUUGACAAUUGAAGGUUGCAAUUGUGAACUUUUUAACUGGAGGGUUACUUGAAAUGACGUCAACAAUCCAUUAAAUGUUAAAUCAUAAUCUUAUUUAAUUACAGA